AUGAUUCACCGACUGGUGCGGUCGCAGGAAUAUAUUUGUCUAUAUGAUUGCAGGCAUAAUGAUAGUCGUUGGUGUUUCGAUUCAUACAUGAACCUGAGCACUGCUAAUAGCUAAAUUGAUCCUAAUUAUCGUCGGAUAUCCCCUAUUGCCGGGCUGCGUAAACAGUGUGUGGAAGUAGCGGGCGGGGAACAGACGCUCGCUAGCUCGUAGCUCUUGUAACCGUCGGUAACGUCAAAGGCAUUUCGAUAACUGUCCGCUAGUGGUGCUCCUUUAUCUAACGUUAACCGUUCAUUAAUUAGGAUUUGCCAAUUCACAAUUUGAAACCUGUUUUCUACCGCAGACUUUUAAAAAUACAAUUUUCCCUACUUUCUGUUCUGUUACAGUGGAAGAAUUAGAGUUAGAGUGGAAAUCAUUUAAUUAAUUCGAGGAUUUGCUGUUCAAGUUUCAUGGGAUCUGCCAUUACUUUUAUAUUACUUAUAGGAUCUCGCUUGUCCUAUUUACCUUCAAUUUUCCUAUUCGGUCAUUGAUUCAGUAAAAUUGGUUUUGGCCUUUCAAUCGAGCGCAUUUAGGUUAACUAUUAUACGGUGAUCAAUUCGUGUAUUCAUAUGUGAUGACCCUGGCUAGGACAGGAUAGUAAAUGUUUUGGAAUUCGAAGUAAGCUGUGCAGUGUGUAUCAGAUCUAUUGAAUAUUUUCAUGCCUUUGAAAUUUCGUAACGGUUUCGUUUAAAGUUGUUUGAGGAGUUGAAAAUCGACUGUUAAAAGUUCGUGGGAGUGUAUCGGCUAAUUUAAGGUUGAGUCAAUUGCUGUAUAUCUAUAUGUGAGCCAUAGUGGCCCUCAUGAAAUGCCUCAUUUUCAACACAUGUUCGAGGAUAUGAGUUUAAUCAAUUGGAAAUAAAUUUGUGUUGUGUUAAGGAGGUGGAUGUUUGAUCAAUAAGUUGGAUACUGUUGUUUUCGGUCGCAGGCUAAAUUAAUGGCGGUUUACGGACGGCAUCAGACGGUAGAGCCAGCACUGGGAUGGAAAAGUGUCUUGUUCUGUUGUUUAGGAAGUCAGAAUCAGAAAAAGUCGAAUGGCUCUGUGGAUAAUAAAGGAAAUGGGAAGAGCAAUGUGAAUGGAAAGGAUGAAAAAGGUUCAGCUUACGCCUAUGACGAGGGCGACACGUCGUCAGAUAGCGAUGAUGAAGAUCUCAAACGGUACGAGCAGCUUCAGGACCGGCGGGAGCGCUCGGCGAGUGUGCGCAGCUUGGCGACUCGUAGCGGUAAAGGGAGCAGUAAUUACUCGGGAUCAUACAAAAAACUGCCAAACGGCCAAAUUCCAUUGAGGCAGAUUCCACCCGGCGGGGAGGUGUCUGUUAACAUUCCCACAAUAGAGGUCACUGCUGAAGAAGAAUUGCCUAAGCCUCGGCGGAGCAGUUCUCGAUCUUCCAAGAAAAAAGAAGAGGAUCGAGACUUGAUAUCCUUAGCUGAGAAAGGCAGUCAUGCGGAGGAGUCCCAUCCUCAGGAUGAAGGUCCCCCACCUGAUGAGUAUGGUCAACAACCGACUCCUGCAGACUAUUCGCCACAGGAAUCUCAGAAUAACUUUGACAAUCAAGGCUACGCGACAGAGUCCCCCGCCCACACCAGCAGUGAUAUACAUUAUGGAGGAGAGGAUCAUCAUGAGGAUGAGUCUUUAGUUGCACCAUCCUCCCCUGAACCUAGCGUAGUAGAACCGAGCAUUGCGCCAUCCGAAUCUUUUCAAAAUAGGGAAAAUAUGAGCUUAGUGGACGGUAUAGAACCGAAGGAGCACCUUUUCGAUGUGAGUGACCUUCAGCAUGACCCCGACGCUCACCUCAUCUCCAAGUGUGGCCAGCUCGAGGUCAGCUUCCAGUACAUGCAAGACAAGAACAAGAUGUCAAUCAACGUGAUCCAGGCAAAAGAUAUUCCGACGAAGGAUCGUGGCGGUGCAAACAGCACGCAAGUCCGUCUCUUACUGCUUCCAACUAAGAAACAUAGACAUAAGACCAAAAUCAAACAAGGAGAGAACCCGGAGUUUGUGGAACAGUUCAGCUUUAAAGUGCCACACGAUGAAAUCACGAACAUGGGCGUACGUUUCCGCCUGUACGGAUGUGAGAGGAUGCGUCGAGAGCGCAUGAUCGGGGAGUCGGUGGUCGGAUUCGCAUCGUUGAAUCUGGAGAUGGAGACCACCCAUUUGCUUACGCUGGAACCAAGGAGCAACAUUAGUGAUAAAGCAAAAAGUAAACACGGUGAUUCGAAAUUGGAUGUGAGUAGCUUAUCGCGUAGCGAUAGUGCCUCAUCGACGCAGUCCAUGCAGCAUGGUGGCAUGCCUGAACUGCUCCUCGGGCUGUCAUACAACGGCACGACGGGGCGGUUGUCGGUCGAAGCAAUUAAAGGAAGUAACUUUAGGAAUAUGGCAAUGAAUAGGGCACCAGAUACCUAUUCGAAACUUACACUGAUGUCUGCCAACGGACAGGAGUUAGCUCGAAGCAAGACAUCCAUACGCCGGGGACAGCCGAACCCUCUCUAUAAGGAGACGUUCAUGUUCCAGGUGGCGCUUUUCCAGCUGCCCGAUGUGACGCUGAUGGUGUCGGUGUACAACAAGAGGAGUAUGAAGAGAAAGGAAAUGAUUGGGUGGUUUUCUACAGGACUAAACAGUAGCGGCGAAGAGGAACUGUCACAUUGGAAGGACAUGGUGGACAGCAAAGGUGAACAAGUGUGCAGGUGGCACGUCCUUCUCGAGGCUUAACUUAAUUAAACCAUGGACUAAAUACUGUUUUCUAGUCAAACUUAAUUCUUACUCAUUCUGUGGUCGGUCAGUGAUGGGCGAUUUUGUCGCAUGGAUUAUGUAAUCAAUGAUGCUGGGACAUGCAUAUGUCUGGAUUUUAAAACUGUCAACACACUGCUAACUCGGUACAGCUGUUCUUCAUCAGUAGUGAUUGAGAUAUACAGUGAUUGAAAUCUGUAAUCAAAUAAUGGAGUGGAACAAUCUGACCAGCUAUGAUUGACAUUCUGCAAAAGAAGGCAAAUGGACUUUCGAACAGGUUAUUUGCAGGUGUAUAUCUCAGCAGAGGCACAGAAGAAAACCGCAUUCCUUGCAGGAUCAGGAAGUUGAGAACAUUUUGAAUCUCAAUGUUUUCAAUUGUAAAUCAAAUGUGAUACUGAACAUUUUCUUUUCUUUUGGGCCUCCCUACUUAGCCAUUGUAUGGUUGAGGCUGGUCUUACCAUUCUUAAUAGCAGAUUAAUUGUGACAGUUUUUAUUAACAAAUCUGUUUCUGUUCUUUUUAGCUCACCUCUUAGCAGAGGUGAGCUUAUCCCAUACCGUGGCGUCCGUCGUCCGUCGUCGUCGUCGUCGUCGUCGUCGUCGUCGUCGUCGUCGUCGUCGUCGUCGUCGUCGUCGUCGUCGUCGUCGUCGUCGUCGUCGUCGUCGUCGUCGUCGUCGUCGUCGUCCGUCGUCCGUUAGCAGGGCACGUUUCGUAACUGUUAGAGCUAUUGAGUUGAAACUUGGUACACAUGUACCCUUAUGUAAUGACACCUUGGAGACCAAGUUUCGGUCCGAUUCGUUUCAUGGUUUGGCCACCAGGGGGCCAAACGUUAAAAGUGAAAAUAUGCAAUAUCUCCCUUAAUAGUAGUCGGGAAAUUUUGAAAAAAAUAUGGUAGGUACUUCUAGCAAAGGUGCAUCAUAUAUCCUCCGGGUUUUUGAUUUGACCUCCUUUUCAAGGUCACAAAGGUCAAAUGGUGUAAAUUGGCCGUUAGGAUGUAACGAUGGCACGUUUCUAAACUGCAAUGACUAUUGAUACCGAAUUUGGUACACAUUUACCCCUUAGUCAGGUGAUCUCAGGGACCGAAGUUUGGUCCAAUAUGAUUCACCACUUGACCACCAGGGGGCAAAAUCUAAAAACCUUAAAAAUGUGAUUAUUCCUUAACUUCUUGCCCGAUUGCCACCAAUUUGAUAUCAUGGGUACAUCUUACCACCAUACAGUAUAUGUCACACAGGUUUUUAAUUUGACCUUCUUGUCAAGGUCACAGAGGUCAAAUGGCGUAAAUUCGCCGUCAGGCCGUAACUAUGGCACGUUUCUUAACUGCAAUGACUAUUGAUCACAAAUUAAGUACACAUGUACCCCUUGGUCAGGUUAUCUCAGGUACUGAAGUUUGGUGCGAUCUGAUUUGCCGUUUGGCCUCCAGGGAGGGGGUCAAAUCCUAAAUUCUUCAAAAUGCCAUUAUUCCUAGUAAUUACUUGCCCGAUUGGCACCAAUUUUAUAUCAUAAGUACAUCUAAUUCUAACAACCAUUCAAUGUGUCACCCGGAUCUUUUUUGAUUUGACCUACUUUUCAAGGUCACAGAGGUCGAAUGUACUGUAAAUUGGCCAUUUUGGGGAAAUUGUAAUUGCUUGGACCUACAUCAAACCUAACACUACAUGACACAAUACCAUGCUCUUAAUCCAUCUUUCCUCCACGUGAGGUGAGCACAAUGGCCCUGGCCAUUUCAUUUCACUACAGUGUUCUGUAUGUCACAGAUUGGUUUCUACUUUCUUGUUCAAUAUCUAAAAGGACAAUAAACUUAAGCUAUGAUCUGGGCAUGAAGAAAUGUGGAUUGUGUUCUACGAUAAUCUACCAACCUGAACUGUAAUGGUUCACUAAUUGAAGUACUUAAACACUUUUUAUUCAAAUAAUAAAAUAUUCGGUGUCUUAUAUUCUGUCCAUCCUCAUACAAAGUCAUCCAGGCCUGAUGCCAAUAAAAGAUAAACAAUUCACAGACAAUUAUGAUCUGUGUAUUCUAUCUUCAAAGCUGAUUUGGUUCCAAUUUGAUUGGCAGAACCUAAAGUAAAAACUCUUUAUUUCCACAUUAAAUCUGAAACAGGUAAGAAAAUCAUGUUCAGUCUUUCUUUUCUUUGGUUGCACAAAUUGGGUAAUGAUUCUUUUGUGCUAAUAUAAUUAUACCAUAUUUUUCUACGAUUCAGGCUGUAUAUUUCAUUUCUGUACAUAUGAACCGUGACUGUCAUACGUUUGUUUGGUUGUGACUGAUAACUAUUAAGUGUUUUACAUGGCACUCUGACUAGAAAGACAUUUUACCUUCUCAGUGUUGUGUUGUUAUCCAUGGACACUUUAAACUGAAAAUAUUUUGAUUGGAUUACUUUCCUAGAUGGACUCCAAAAUAACUAUCAGUAAAUUACAAGUGAAAAACUUCCCCUGUAGCUAAAAUUCGAAAUCCAAGUCAUAUUUAGAAAUCAGUUUUGGGCCUUUUGAUUAAUAUUCACUAAAAUUUUCUUUAAACACUGGUCAAGGGGUCAGUUCUUUACAGCCUACUUGGCUUGCCAUUCGAACAAAGACAAGUUGUUGAAGUUACCCUUGGUUUACCUGUAUCCUGAGUGUAAUAAUGUACGAGAAUCUGGUUGAAAUGUACUUGUACGGGUAGUUUGGGUAAACUUAGGUCGAUUUCAACAAACUCUCAUUCUGACGAUCUGACUCAAAACAUUGAAAUUCUGCAGACAAUCAGAAGCAUGAGAACUAAAUUAAAUUACUGAUAAGAAAGUUACUAAUUAUCAUUUGCAUAAUAAUUGUGUAUUUAAAUCAAAAGGUAUGCAAGGCUUGACCAUUGAGAUAGUACUGAGGCAGUACUGACCUUUUCUGUCCUGGCUGCUUUCAAGAGCAGACUAGUCCAAGCAGUACUGAUCUUUUCUGACCUGGCUGCUUUCAAGAGCAGAAUAGCCCAAGCAGUACUGAUAUUUUCUGACCUGGCUGCUUUCAAGAGCAGAUUAGCCCAAGCAGUACUAACCUUUGCUGACCUGGCUGCUUUCAAGAGCAGAAUAGCCCAAGCAGUACUGAUCUUUUCUGUCCUGGCUGCUUUCAAGAGCAGACUAGUCCAAGCAGUACUGAUCUUUUCUGACCUGGUUGCUUUCAAGAGCAGAUUAGCCCAAGCAGUACUGAUCUUUUCUGACCUGGCUGCUUUCAAGAGCAGAUUAGCCCAAGCAGUACUAAACUUUGCUGACCUGGCUGCUUUCAAGAGCAGAAUAGCCCAAGCAGUACUGAUCUUUUCUGACCUGGUUGCUUUCAAGAGCAGAUUAGCCCAAGCAGUACUGAUCUUUUCUGACCUGGCUGCUUUCAAGAGCAGAUUAGCCCAAGCAGUACUAAACUUUUUUGACGCUGCUGCUUUCAAGAGUGGGUUCAGAAAUGUUUAAAAAUGCUGGAGAUGCCAUCUUGUCUUCAUUACAAUAACUGAUUCGUUUGUAUCUCGAUAAAUGCUACUUUUAUUGAAAUGGGAUGAAAACUUCUGCUGUCUAACAUGAAAAUUUAUGCUGUUUUAAAUUGUUGAUAGCUAUCAACGGAAUACUGUAAAUCAUGAAAUUUUCACAAGUGUGUAUUUUGCGACAAAUGCACUGUCAAACACAAACUUAAAAAAUAAAAAAAACUUAAAGGUGGAAUAUCAACCAUAGGGUAGCAAAUACAGUAUUUAGUCAACCUCCAAUACAAAAUUAGUUAAUUUGCCAACUUUUAACUUUGCAAAGAUUUCGGGGUUUCAGUAAUAAUAACUUAAUGAGUAUGUAACUGAGAAAAGCAUUUAUUUUUGUUGACGAAAUAUACGGGAAGAAAAAGGUCAAUAUAUAACGCAAUGUAAAUAAAUUAUAUUGGUUUAAACAAAUUCAGUUCAUUUGAAUAAAUUAUGUUAAGUAGGCAUUAAUGUGAUUUGUAAAUUUUGUUUUGGUGUAAAAACCAGUUGUAGAGCAUUCUACCCAGAGCUUUCUAUGAUGUACAGUCAAGUUGUUGCAGGGGCAUCUCAUGGCCCAAAAAUGUUGGCCAAUUUUUACGAUCGACAUGCGAAUUAAUUUACUGUCAGGAACAUGCUUAUUUAGGGCACCCAAAAAUCCGUAAAUUAAAAAUUUAGCAAGAAAUUUACAUUUUUCAAAACAGAGGAAUUUAUCUAAAAUAAAAGAGGAAUGUGGGUGGAAUGUGGAAUUAAGAAACAGGAAAAAAGGAUUUUCAAGGCCAUUUGCAACUGCAUGCAAAUUUAUUGCUGUGACUAAAUUUGGCUUAAAUUGAUGAUUAAUUGUUAAUUGAGCCGUUAUUGCUUUUGUUUACUACUGAUGAAUUAUUGAAUUACCUUUCAAAAAAUUUCAAAUUUGGCAAAAUCGGCAGACAUUCGUUUAUUCCGUUUUUUAAAAGAUGAGCAAAAGAUGAUGAAUUUUGUUAGUUCUCUUCUCUGGUGCUAUAGUUAUGUUUUUUCACAUGCCCCUGCUGCAACUGAUAUAAACGCUAGUUACAUGUAUACUCGGACACAAAUCUGGCUUUUAAAAGGUUUGGGAUAUUUAAAGGAGAUUUUCUUGCUGUCUUAUUUUGAUGUAGUAACGGUGAUAUGGGUCAGUCGUAGUGUAUAUUGUAUAUAAAACAUUACUUGUAUUGGUCCAAAUUGAUUCAGAUCUGCUUUAGGUUUGCUUUUCGUUAAAUUUUCUUCCCCUUGUGUUUGCUUGUUCUACCUAUACCAGGACUGUGGCUACUCAAUUUUGUGAGCCAAGGCCAUCAUCCCAUUCCUUAUCUAUGUAUGCUGGGGGGGGGGGAGAGGAAUCUAUCGUAGCGAUGAAGUCCAAGUUUGAAUCUUGACCUCGCACAGCUUUGAUGCGCAAGCACCUGCUAUAUAGUAAAGUAUCGUAAGCCAUAAGUUUUGCAAGCGCUUAAUGUUUGCAAUUUUCAGUUAUGUGCUUGCAAAAUCAACUUAAAUUGGAUAACAUGUAACUCCAAUGUAUUGGCACUUAAAUUUCAAGUGUAAUGCAUUAACCAAUAAAUUUCAGGAAACAAGGAAUUUAGUCUACAGCAAGUUAAAAAAUUCCAAAUUAUCCAAGUUAUAUACAGUUACAUAACAAAUAUAAAUAUAGGUUAGUGACUUGAUUGCGAAAGCAAACUGGUGUAGUUGUCCAAGCAAACCCAGAGUGAAAUUGAUUGAUUUAGUGCAGUCUUGUCAAAUUGGGCUGAUAUCAAGCAGAAACUGUUCCAACUGAAGAUAUCGAUGAAGUGUGGAAGUAUUGUUCACCCCUGUGGUACCUUUGUGUGAGUAAGACAAGUGCAUUUAGGGUAACAUGCAUACAAAUUUAGGUUUUGUUGUUUUCUGUUUGAGCUGGCAUUCCUAGCUUACACAUGCACAUUCCUACAUGUAUGCUUCAUAUGUCUAUUUCAUAUUAAAAAAACAAGUAUUUUAACUUUUUUGCAACUGUUCUUUAGGCGUAUUCCAGUCCAAAAGUAGAUGAACAGCUGUUUUAUUUCUCAAUAACUUUGCAGUUCAUUUCACCUACUACACAGGCAAAAAUGUCCGUUAAAAAUCUAUGUAGAAAUUUUCUAUAUAGAUGCUGUAUAGAUUCUACAUGUAUAUAGAAUCUAUAUAAUUUGGGAUGAAUGAAUAGCGUAAUAAGAAGUAAGAAAAUUUGUUGGCUUCACCAGAACUCAAUGGGUACUAGCCCAUUCAGGUCGUAAUGUUGAUCUAGAACCUCAGUCGGAGGUUUACAGAAAGGUUUUAGGAUAGACUAGGAUUGAAGUGUCAAGUCAAGAUGAUAAGCUCUACUGUGUAGUUGAUAUCUGACUAAACCCAUGACUGUAUGUGGUAUGGCUCUUUUCUCCUGGCACCGAACAUCAAAAGAUAUGAUCUUGUUUGUGCUGUGUUUUGCUGCCACCUUGUCAAAUGUAUGCACGUGGCUCAGGUUGUUGAUAUUGAUGAAUCUUGAAAAAGGUACAGUUUUCCUAAUGUAUAUGAUCAAUAAACAGUUCAAUUAUCUA